AGAUAUACUUCCUUCGUUUGUUUUCAGGCGGGUUGAAUCAGUGUGCGGCUGCUCGCGGCAAAAAACAAAACUCUGAUGUCUGUGUAUAGUAUGUUAUUUACACACUUUCUAAUUGCUUGUUGUUUUGCAGCAUAACAAAAUGUAGAUGCAAAACUGUUGAUGCAGUAACGUUAGCGAUCUGUGCAUGUUUGUGUAUCGUGAGUUUUAAUUUUCCCUCUGACUGAUCGAUCUACAGAAUGGACCGACCACCCAGAAGCAGAAAAUCUGUUAACUACUCAGACUUCCAAGAUGAUGACGAUGAGGAUUUUGCUUCUGCAAAACCUCCUUCCAAAAAAGCUCGAACAGCCGGCAAAGACCCGGAUUCUGAGAGAAACCAAAAAAAUUCAAGUGCAUCUUCAAGUGAAGUUGUUGAUCUUACAAGCUCAGGACACGGGAAGAGGGUGUCUUUGGAAGAUAAACUAUAUGAAAGAGAUUUAGAGGCAGCGUUAACACUGUCAUUGCUGGAUCGUUCAGGAACAGAAGAGAGAGAAUGUACCACCAAAACAGAGGCUCAUGAAAGAUCUGAAUCUCCACCUCCUGUUCUUACACACUGCAAUGCUGAUGAGCAGCAACAUCGUCCAGAUUCUCCUCCUGUGCUGUCCAAUUGUAGCGUUGAUGGCAACAGUUUAGGGCUGAAUUUGAUCAUCGAUUUGAAGACGUCCCCUCCCAGUGUUUCUAAAAAGAGGAAAGUGUCAGAGCAGAAAAGAAACCCGCUGAAGGAGAAAGACAAUGACAAAGAUGAAGACUAUGAUCCACAAAAUACACCAGAUUCUGAGAGCGAUGCUAACUUUACUGAGGAAGAAGAAGAAAGUGAGGAUGAGACGUUCACAGUGACAAAGAAGACAAAUGUAAAGAAAAUGGGACAAAAAAAUGAAAAAAAGACCACACAGGCUGCAAAACCAAAGAAGGAGAAGAAAGAGAAAACACCAGCAAAAGCCUCAAAAGUUAAAAACUCAGCCCCAACCCCAGUAAUCAGUCGGAGUCCAGCUGCGUCUGUGUCUGUACUGAAGACACCCACAACUCCACCUCUCUCUAAACCUGCACUUUGCUCCAGUCCUGCAGGGGGCAGACUACCAAAGUGGAAUCCUCCUGGUCUGGUUGGCAGGAGUCCCAGUGCAUCCCAAAAUGCAUCUGUAAAGUCUCCAGGGCAGGGCCUGCGUUUAGGACUUUCCCGAUUGGCCCGAAUCAAACCCCUGCACUCGAAUGCCGCUGCUCAUUGAACAGGUUUUAAAGUAACAUUGUACACAAAAAAGGUUUUUGAGGAUUAUUUGCGCUGGAAAAUAUUAGCAAAAAUGUUUUUAAAAAGCCAUUUUCAUUUUUGCUGAAAAUUGUCCUCUUUUAAACCCUUUCAUUACUUUUUAAGUAGUUAAUAAAUUAUUUGUUGUGAUUUUUACUAUUUUUAAAUGUCUUGGUCUUUCAGCAUUGCAUUGUAAAUAUGUACUUUUUUGACAAACAUUAAAAUCAUGCAAUAUGGA